AUGCCAGGCUCACCACAUCCUGCCAUCCGACGGAGGCGUCAGGGCUCGCCUCAUCCCAUCGCUAUCACCGCGGAUGAGAUGGAGCCCGAGUCGCGCUCCACGACGCCAGAGCCAUCCAGGAACGGCAGCAACACUCCGGCCGCCAAGCCGCAAGUCGCCCCGAAUCACAUCCCACAACACGUUGGCAUGGCGCCCGCAAUCUAUGUCCCGGCCACCUUUGACUUUACCAAGCCGCGUUCUCUGCCCUCAUCCCCUGAGAGAACGGGUUCAUCGUCUGAUGCUGCUGCUGCCGCCGCCGCCGCCGCCAACCCAUCCGCUACAUCGCUCCGCGUCGACCGCGCCCUGACCGACCUCGAGGACCACAUGACGGCCGUCAAGCGCAACAUUUCCACCCUCACCCUCCAGGAGGCACGGCGGUGCCAUCAAGAAGCCGCGGCGCGCGAGAUGGAGCUCGCAGACGCGGGACAGCCGACCCCGCGCUCCAAGCGACUGCCGCCGACGCGAGAGGAGGAACGGCAGAUGCUCAAGAACCUAGAGGGCCGCAGCGUCAGGGGCGUGUCGUAUGGUGUGCCCGCCGAGUUUGGCCCGGCCUUUGUUCCUGGGAUUGCGCCACACCCCAAGGAUACGCCCAGGGAGGCAGUUACUACGCAGAUUUUGGAUUUGUUACGGUAUGGAGGGUUUCAACUCGAUGGCUAUGAAAGCUUCUGCGCGACCUCUAGAAGGGUGACCGCAGCACGAGUCAAGCAAGACAUUGCACAGGAGGUCGCCAGGAGUUUGGCACAGAAUCAGGGCGAUGAUUUGGGCGAGAAAACGCCAGUAGCGAACGUGGGUGAAGUCCAAGACAAUAGUAUGCGGAUGGACAUUGACUAG